GUAGAGGUUCCUUUGUCCUCAGCGCCUUUUGUUUUCUUCCCACCCUAACAAUUUUCAUCCUUCAACUCCUCGCUUCCAGGUCCAAUUCUCCGUUGCUUUUCCAAUCAUUCCAUCGCCUUUUCCUCCCUCAAUAAACCGUGUCUUUCUUCGCCUCGCCGGAAUACACCGUGUUUUAUUUCCUUCGAUCAGGAGAGCUUCAAAUUUAUCUCAUCUUCGUGAGGAUUCUGGUUUAGAGACUGUUAAAGCUGGCGGAAAUAAUGGCCGAGCCUCGGCGCUCUGUUCUCGGUAAUCAAUUAGAUAUUCAGCAGAUACUCUUAGAAGCACAGAAUCGGUGGCUACGACCAGCUGAAAUAUGUGAAAUUCUUGAAAACUAUAAGGAAUUUCGCAUUGCCCCAGAACCUCCAAACCGGCCUCUGAGUGGUUCCCUUUUCCUUUUUAAUCGGAAGGUGCUACGAUAUUUUAGAAAGGAUGGACAUAAUUGGAGAAAGAAAAAAGAUGGAAAGACGGUAAAGGAAGCUCAUGAGAGGCUCAAGGCUGGAAGCAUUGAUGUUCUGCACUGUUACUAUGCUCAUGGAGAAGAAAAUGAAAAUUUUCAACGACGCAGUUAUUGGAUGCUUAAGGAGGAACUGUCACACAUUGUUCUUGUCCACUACCGAGAUGUGACGGGAAACAGAGCAAAUUUUAAUCAUGUUAAAGAGACUGAAGCUGCUGCACCAUGUUCCCAAGAAAUGGGAGAAAAUAUGCCCAAUUCUGAGAUGGAAAGUUCUGUGUCUUCCAAAUAUCUUCUAAACAAUUUCCAAGUACCUUCACCUACUAUGGAUACAACUAGCCUGAAUAGUGCACAGGCAGCAGAAUAUGAAGAUGCUGAAUCAGUAUAUAUCCAUCAAGAAACUCGUGGGUUCCACUCCUUUCUUGAGCUACAAGCGCAUACUAUGGAGAAGAUUGAUGCUGAAAGCUCUGAUCUUUAUGUUCCUCUGUUAUAUACAAAUAAUUUUCAAGAAAAUUUGUUAGCUGUUCCUGUUAUGGAUUUAAUCUCCACUCAACCAGACAAGGUCAAAUAUAACGAUGCUGAACUAUCAUAUGAGUCCGAGAAGCACCCUAAUUUUGUUUCAUGGGAAGAUGUCUUGGAAGAUUGUACUCCUAGCAUGGAAUCCGUACAAUAUGAGGCAUCAUUUCCCUCUACACAGUCUGAUCCCAUGGGUGAGCUUUUGAGCAACAACUUUCUUAAGAAACAGGAGUUUGGUGGGCAGCAACAUGUGCACAAACAGUGUCAGAGUGGAGAACAAGAUCAUGUUCUCCCAGCUGAUUCAGAUGGCAACUUGAGCGUGGAGGGAAAAUCAAUCUACUCUUCUACUAUAAGGCAGCAUAGCUUGGAUGACUCUUUAAUAGAAGAAAAUUUAAAGAAGCUUGACAGUUUUAGUCGCUGGAUGAGUAAGGAACUUGAAGAUGUUGCAGAUGUAGAUGAGUCUCAUACACAGUCCAGUUCUGGGGCCUACUGGGAAACAGUUGAAAAUGAAAAUGGGAUCGAUACUUCCAGCACUCCCUCCGAAGGACAAGUUGAUAACGUUAUGCUUGGUCCUUCCAUGUCCCAGGACCAACUUUUUAGCAUCAUUGAUUUCUCACCAAAUUGGGCAUAUGUAGGCUCUGAAUCUAAGGUCCUGGUCACAGGAAGAGUCUUGAAGAGCCCACAUGUGAUAGAAAAUUGUAAAUGGUCAUGUAUGUUUGGGGAAGUAGAAGUUCCAGCAGAGGUUAUAGCUGAUGGUGUUCUUCGUUGCCAUACUCCGAUACAGGAGGCUAACAGGGUUCCUUUCUAUAUCACAUGCUCCAAUAGAUUAGCUUGUAGUGAAGUGCGAGAAUUUGAGUACCGAACCCUUAACAUUGAAGAUAUUAACACUGCAGAAAACUAUAGUAGCAGUGACAAUGAAAAUCUUCAUUUGCGAUUUGAUAAAUUGUUGUGCUUAAAUUCCAAGUUUACUAGUUAUGACAGCAGCACUUCGGGUGAUAUAUCCCAGUUGAUCAGUAAGAUCAAUACAUUGCUUAAAGAUGACAUUUCAGAGUGGGAACAGAUGCUAAAGCUUAGUUCAGAGAAGGAACUGUCCUCAGAAGAUUUAAAGGAGCAGCUGCUUCAGAAGCCACUGAAAGAGAAGUUGCGUGUAUGGCUCUUACAGAAAGUAGCUGAAGGUGAUAAAGGCCCUAGUGUAUUGGAUGAGGGUGGACAAGGGGUUCUACAUUUUGCAGCUGCACUUGGUUAUGAUUGGGCUUUUGAGCCUACUAUAGUUGCUGGUGUAAGUGUUAAUUUCCGUGAUGUCAAUGGAUGGACUGCACUUCAUUGGGCAGCAUCUUGUGGCCGAGAGCACACAGUGGCUUCCCUCAUUUCAUUGGGUGCAGCUCCAGGAGCAUUAAUAGAUCCAUCACCAAAAUAUCCUUUAGGCAGAACACCUGCUGACCUGGCAUCUGACAAUGGACAUAAAGGAAUUGCUGGAUACCUUGCAGAGUACUCCUUGAGUGUCCACCUUUCAUCCCUUAAUUUGGAUAACCAAGAUGGUAAUACUGCAGAAGGACCCAGAGCAGUGCAGGAAAAUUCAGAAAGAAGUGCAACUCCACGUAGCUUGAGCAGUGCAUCAGAUGGCCAGUCACUAAAGGACUCAUUGGCUGCUGUCUGUAACGCUGCCCAUGCUGCUGUCUGUAACGCUGCCCAUGCUGCUGCCCGUAUUCAUGAGGUUUUCAGGCUCCAAUCAUUCCAAAAAAGGCAGUUAAAAGAGUAUGGUGAUGACAAAUUUGGAAUGUCAGAUGACCGUGCACUUUCACUCUUGGUUGUCAAGUCAUACAACCCAGGACAAAAAGAUGAACCUGUGCAUGUGGCUGCAAUGCGCAUACAGAAUAAAUUCCGUAGUUGGAAGGGUAGAAAAGACUUUUUGAUAAUCCGGGAGCAAAUUGUUAAAAUUCAGGCUUAUGUGAGAGGCCACCAAGUCAGGAAAAAUUAUCGGAAAAUAAUCUGGUGUGUAGGAAUUGUGGAGAAGGUGAUCUUGCGCUGGAGAAGAAAAGGAAGUGGAUUGCGUGGCUUUAAACCGGAAGCACUUACCAAGGCUCCGAACAUGGUUGACAAUUCAUCAAAGGAAGAUGACUAUGAUUUUCUAAAAGAAGGCAGGAAACAAACAGAAGAAAGGACGCAAAGGGCACUUGCCAGGGUGAAGUCUAUGGUUCAGUAUCCUGAAGGUAGAGAUCAAUACCACAGACUGCUGAAUCUUGUCACAGAGAAAAAGCUGUGCAAGAUCAGUGUUAUAUCAUGGAUCUGUUAUCAAAGGAAUUCAGAGCUUUUCAAAAUCUCAGGUUGCAUUUAUUUUCUGAUGUGUGCAUCAGGAGGCCUCCUCAAUAUAUGUGGAAAUAUAUUUAGGUUUUUCUGUGCAGUAGGGCAUAAGCAGUUUGACAUAAGUAGGUCAUUCCCUAGCUAUAAGAAUGGAUUUUGAAGUUUAGUCUUCUCUAUCCGACUUGAUACAGAUUUUAUGAACUUGAUUUCCUUUUUUUUAACUGACUUGACUCUGCAGGUUGUGUACGAUAAGGUUCUUAACAGUUCAGAUGAAACUACUGAUUUGGACGAAGACUUGAUAGACUUGUUAGAUGAUGACACUCUCAUGCCUGCUGCAAGUUGAGACAUCCGUGCCUCAUUCCAUUGUCGACUUGUAUGUAAAUCUUGUCUGGCUUGGCACAUAUUUGCACAAUUGUAAAUGUGAUUUAAUAAACUAAUCCAACAUCCACUGAUGUUCUAUUUCGGUUUGUGCUGUGUAAUUAAUUUCAUCGGAAGUAGCAGAUUACAACUUGAUAAUAAAUUCCUUCAUAGGCU